GAGGAGAAGAGGAGGUGCAGGAGAACUUUCCCCCAGAGGAGGAGGUGGUUGUCACACGUUUUCCCCGGGAGCGUUUAUUAAUUUUGCGGGAACGAACGGUGGGGAGAUUUGGAAACAUCAUGCCUGCUGAAGUGAAGCAGGAGCAGAGCCCCAGCAGCGCCACAUCCCUGGCUAUGAUGCAGGAGCCGCAGGAGGUGGUGGAGGAGACGGUCACCAUAGAGGAGGACCCUGGCACCCCCACCUCCCACGUCUCGGUGGUCACCUCUGACGAUGGCACCACACGACGCACAGAAACCAAGGUGACUAAGAUGGUGAAGACGGUGACCACACGGACAGUGCGUCAGGUGCCCCUCGGCCCGGAUGGCCUGCCCCUCCCUGAGGGCUCGUCUCCACUGGGCAGCUACACCGACUCCAUCGACAGGCGCUACAUGAAGAACGGAGGCGACCGCUUCAUCACGCCUCAAGCAUCCUCCACCCUGACGCGCUCCUACAACAACUCCUACAACGAUUCAUAUGGCGAGGCACCUGAGAGCCAGUACGUUCGCCAUUACGGGCUGCACGACGGCUACACCGACCUGACAGACAACUACGGCAGCCUCUCACGUGGCGUCAACUUCCGGCCGCCGCGCUACCCCUACAUGCCAAACAGCUACCGGCCCGAGAACAGCUACACUCUCCCUAUUCGCAAGGAUGACUAUGGCCAUGUUGCCCAGCCCCAGGUCCCUAUGGGCAGCAGCACUGUGGAUCUGAACCGCUCGCAGCCCGAGCGCUUCCAGGCCGAGCCGUACGGCCUGGAGGACGAUCGUCGCAGCUUGGGCCCUGAAGAGGAGGAGCCAUAUGAGCUGGAACCCGACUACUCCACUGCCAACCGACGCACCCUGCAGGGGGCCAACCGGGGUCGCACCCAUCGGGAACCUCUGCGUGACGGGCCCAGAGUCAGAGGGUACCCAGAUGACCCCAACGAGACAGAGCUGAUCGAUGAGCGCCACCCGUAUAUCCAUGGCAUGUAUUCAGCACCGCUGGCCCAGCCGGAGAGGGGGAGCAUGGCCAGUCUGGACCGCAUGGUUGGCCGGCGUUCACCCUCCAUCGACAGCAUCCGCAAGGACCCACGCUGGCGUGACCCAGACCUCACCGAGGUCAUUGCCAUGCUUGGCCACCCCAUCGACCCAGUCAAAUCCAAUGCCGCUGCCUACCUGCAGCACCUGUGUUACGAAAACGACAAGAUUAAAAAAGACGUGCGUCAGCUGAAGGGGAUUCCGGUUCUUUCGGGGCUUCUGGACCACCCCAAAUCUGAAGUCCACCGCAAAGCGUGUGGUGCCCUGCGCAACAUCUCCUACGGCAAGGACAAUGACAACAAGGUGGCCAUCAAGAACUGCGACGGCAUCCCGGCUCUCGUCCGCCUGCUGAGGAAGACCAAUGACAUGGAGGUUCGAGAGCUCAUCACCGGAACCCUGUGGAAUCUGUCGUCCUAUGAGCCCUUGAAGAUGGUGAUCAUCAACCACGGCCUGCAGACCGUGACCAACGAGGUCAUCAUUCCCCACUCGGGGUGGGAGCACGAGCCGAACGAGGACUCCAAGCCGCGCGAUGCAGAGUGGACCACCGUCUUCAAGAACACCUCUGGCUGCCUCAGAAAUGUCAGCUCAGACGGAGCAGAGGCUCGGCGCAGACUGAGGGAAUGUGACGGAUUGGUGGACGCCCUGCUGCACGCUCUCCAAUCAGCUGUAGGGAAGAAAGACAUGGACAAUAAGUCCGUGGAGAACUGUGUUUGUAUUAUGAGGAACUUGUCCUACCACGUCCACAAAGAGGUGCCAGGCGCUGAAAACUUCCAGGACCCAUCAGCACCGCAGGCCCCCGGCUCAGCGGGACCACAGAGGAAGAAGAAGGAUGAUGCCGGCUGCUUCGGAGGCAAGAAGGCCAAAGGCAAAAAGAAUGGUGAGAACGACAAAAACUACGACACGUUGGAUCUGCCCAAGCGCACAGAGCCGUCAAAAGGCUUUGAGCUGCUGUAUCAGCCGGAAGUGGUGAGGCUGUACCUGUCUCUGCUGACGGAGAGCCAGAACUACAACACCUUGGAGGCCGCUGCCGGGGCUCUGCAGAAUCUCAGCGCUGGCCAGUGGACUUGGUCCAACUACAUCCGGGCCACAGUGCGUAAGGAGAAGGGUCUUCCCAUCCUGGUGGAGCUGCUGCGCUCGGACUCGGACAAGGUGGUCCGAGCUGUGGCCAUCGCCCUGCGCAACCUGUCCAUCGACCGCCGCAACAAGGACCUGAUCGGAAGCUAUGCCAUGCGAGACUUGGUGAGCAACCUGCCCAGCGGUCAGCAGCGGCCAGCUAAGAACCUGGAGGAGGACACCGUGGUGGCCAUCCUCAACACCAUCCACGAGAUCGUCACCGACAGCUCGGAAAACGCCCGCUCCCUCAUCCAGGCCCAGGCCAUAGAGAAGCUGGUGGCCAUCAACAGGACCAGCCAAUCAGCUCGUGAAACAAAGGCGGCGUCCCAUGUGCUGCAGACGGUGUGGAGCUACAAGGAGCUAAGAAACGCUUUGACUAAGGACGGCUGGAACAAGAGCCACUUCCAGCCCACAGCUACCACCACUCCUAAAGCAAUCAAGAACGGCAAACCAGGAUAUGAUGACACCACUCUACCCCUGAUGGAGAAGAACCAAGAUGGCUACUCCACCAUUGACCAGAGGGACAAGGACUGCAAGUACAAGGCAGUUGAUGGCUCAGUGGACCUGACAGAACAGGAGCCAUUAAAGAAUGACACAAAUAGGAAACACUAUAUCAGGAGUAACAGGCCUGCGGUCAGUCUGGUGGACGCUUGUGAUGUUAAGCCCCAGCCUGUUGACUCCUGGGUCUAAAUGCAUGCAUGGCUUAAAAUGAGAAGGGAGCGACGCCCCAGCUCGAGGAGGAUCUCUCAUAUCACCACUGCCAUUUCACAUGGAGCUUACCUUUGAAGUUGGACUUUGUACAGAAAAGAGGAUUAGAAAACAAAAAAUAAUAAUGAUCACAACAGCGACUACCCAGCAGCAGCCAGCAUUCUCAUGCUUUUCAGAGAACAUUUUUAAAAGAAGAAAAAGUGACUACUCCUACUACUUUCUCAUAUCUACAUUCCCACUGGAUAUCGUGUGAUUUUAACAGAGUUGACUCUUGUUGAGCUCUACUGGCGACAAGAAACAGACAGAGGCCGGUGCUGAAGGAAUGGAAAUGUAGCAGGUCGAUGAAGUGAAAUGAAAAGAAUGAAUUGUGAAACGAAUGUGCGAUGGAUGGAAAUCUAUAAGAGAAGAGAAGGAAAAAGGAUGUUUUUAAAUUUCAGGUUUCACAUCUGAGAAGAUUGUGUCCUGAAUUUUGUGGGUUUUGAAGAAUUUUCAAAGUUUGUCGUCGAGGAAUUGGUAUUUUGAUGUGAGACAAGUUUGGAUUGGUUUGUUUGAAGGUCCCUGAAUGUUUGUUUUCAGAACGGCGGGAUGGACACGAGAAAGUCAAAGAAAAGAGAGAGAGCGAGCCUGAGAAGAGAUGUAGCAUAGUGGAUAAACAUGUGCUCCCAGCAGCCUGCUCUCAUAGAUUUACAAUCCAUUUGGUUCACUGUGUUUUUUCAAAAAACUAAAAAGAGAAAAAAAAAAAAGAAAGUGCACUGAGAUGCUUUGAAAUCAAACAUGGUUAACAGGGGAUUGGUUUUAUACAAUGAAGAGUCUGAAGAGAAGUUGUGUGUUCGGAGAAAGGAAAGUGACAAUGUGUGUGCGGAGAAACAGUUUUUGUUAACACUGCAAACAUGAGCUAAAAUGGAGAGACCUUCUGUUUCAUUGUGGUCAACAUGUAUGAGCCAAGUGACAUGUUGACCUUCACUCACAGAGCUGCGGUUACACGUGUAACCGCUCACGUCCUGAAGCAACGUGGUACGUCGAGUUUCCUGCUCGCUUGCUCUUUGUCCAUGAUGUGUAUUAAAGAGGAUAUAAGGCAUUUUUUGUUUAUAAAUGAUUUGUGUUUCUGAAAAGAGAGACAGAGGAUUGUUCUCUUGUUGAAAGGAUAGAUUUAAAAGAUUCUUUUUUUUUCUUUGUUGGUUUUAUGUAAAUGUAUAUUAGGGUCAAAACAAAAAAAAUGGAAAAAUGAAGGAAAAAAACAAACAAAAAAUGGUGGACUUCUUAGUUGUAUGUUAAUAUCACAUUGUUUGGAAAGCACAUCUCAUUUGAUAAAGGCUCACCAUGUUUGUAAGCAAGAAAUAACCACGUAACUUAAAUGUGUGUCAAAUAUUGUCGAGUUAUGCUGACGAUCACCUAUUUAUAUUUUGUAUUUGUCAAAAAAAAGGUAACAGAGAAAAUAAGUUUAUCUGCAGUGUUCUUUCUUAAGGCAAUGAAUACAUAUAUCAAAGCAGACAGUGCUAUUGAGGGGUCAAGGGGAAUAAGACAAGAGGUGACAGUGUUAAUAAAAGUCCCUUCAUUUUUCUUUCCGAUGCAUUCAGACCAAGUAACCACCGGCCCUCAAUCCUUCUUCACACGUGCAUCUUAAAGAGAAAUAUUCAGUCGUGAGCAUGAAGAAAAUCUGUACAGAUGUUUAUAUUAUGUUCUUUCCAAGUGCCAGUUUUUUUGUGGUGUCAUUUGGAUAUUAACUAAUUCAUUCGCGUGCAGGAAGAGAGUACAGACGGACGAGUGGAUCUGGAUAUUCUAGGCAAAAUAAAAAAAAUAAAAAGUUGCAUCACACUGUAUAAAUUAAAACAUUGAGUUUGGUCAUAUAGUAUAUAUUUUUACAACGCUAUAGGGUGAGCAGUUGAGAUGCAGAAAAGCAGAGAGAUACAGAAACUUAUUGCCAUUUCUUUCUCUCGCUUGACGAGCAGCAUUCAAACUCCAGUGGUAACGUGUACGCUGUCCUCUCCAGCUCCAACAGGAGACAGGAAAACGAGAGUCCAAUCCAAGUUGGUAUCACUCACGCGUCAUCGAGUCGAACGGCAUGUGCCUGCAUUGAAGUCUGAUUUUUCUUUGUGACGUAUGUGACUUUAUAAAGCUUGCAUAUUUUACACAGUGUUUACAAAGAUGUACGUUGUGGUAAAUAUCAAUAAACUACAAAAAAAUCUUACUGUAUAAAUUUUACUUUCAGGGGGUACAAAUAGUUAUGAUACCCAGCGUCCCUUUCGUGUGUCCUCAGAAGUGUGUGCUCUCAUUGGACGAUGCUGAACCCUCACAACAUUAUAGACCCACAUGACUGUCUAUUCCUGACUGCACUAAGCGGUGCCACAACCAAAGGAUCCGGAGGUGUAUUUGCAUGCAUUCAAAAUAGAAUUUAAAAAAAUUGGUUUUGUGGAUGUGCAGCACAUUGUACAUUUGCAAAAAUUUAAAAAAUCUAGGCCACUGUGCUGUAAAAUAAAAGCAGGACAUGGACACACAUGGAAUCAAAGAAAUCUAACUGUGUAGAUAACUGAUUCAAGACCGAUCAAAACAAAGUAACUGUACUACUCAGUAGCAGAUGUGUUUGUACCUAUCAUGUGCCUUAACCUUUUCCAUGGUAUAUAAAGAUAAGUGUGUUUUAUAUAACUUUUUUCCUCCCUUUCGGCUGUCAUCUCUCCAUCACCUCUCCCCCUUUCUCCACCUGUGUCAAACCCGGCCUCCCCUUAUUUCCUCCACUCAUCUCACUCAUUCAUGGUUUGUCCUGCAACCCCACCCCCCCUUCCCCAAGACCUGAGUAGUUUAGACUGUUGGUGGGUUUCUGCCUUGUAUGACAUUGUAUUAUAAACUUUUAAAAGAGAUAGAGUCAUUAAAGAAAAAAAUGGUUUUGAUUUCCUAGAGGAGUGAAGUUGUUAAUGCUUUGGUAGCGAGCAGAAGCUAUGCCACAGUGACAGAAUGUAUUAUGUUCAUUUUACUAAUACCCAGAGGCAAAUAUUACGCUUGUUAAACAUAACGGAAAAAUACUGGUUUGUAGAGUAUAAGU